UACGAAGAUAAUCAUGGCAAGCAGUGAGCAGAAACCAUUGCCAGUGCCCAGUCUGGAGAAAGCUCCAGAGAAAUACGACGAUGAAGCAGAGGAACCGACGGGACCGGCCAACAUCGCCGAAACAUUGGAAAAGCUCCGCGAGGAACCACUCGUACGGGAACAGAACCUCAAGCAGAUGCGCGAUUGGAUCGCGAAGCAUCCACAUAUUCGACGAUGCCGUACGGACGCCCGGUUCCUGUUGCGAUUCCUGCGCGCCAAGAAGCACUCCUUCAUGGUGGCCUCACAGACACUCGAGCGCUAUCUAGCCGCCCGUAUGAUCCAUCCCGGAUGGUUCCAACGGCUCGACAUUCGCGAUCCCGAGCUGAGCCACCUGGCGGACAUUGGGUUCAUCUAUCCGCUGCUGGAACGCACCGCUGAUGGCUGUAAAGUGACGAUGACCGAUUGGGGUCUGCUGGAUCCAAAGCAAUACACGAUCGAACACAGCAACCGGAUGCAUAUCCUGCUGGCGGAGGCCUACAGCGACGAUCCGCUGGUCCAGUGUGCCGGUGCGAUCUUGAUCUUCGACUUGAAGCACGUUACGCUCGCCCAUCAGAGCAUCGUCUCGCUCAGUGUGCUCAAACAGGUGGCCAAGUUCAUCAACAACGGGCUACCGUUACGGUGCCAGGGUGUGUACGCCGUCAACGUACCGGCCGGUGCCAUGUGGAUUGUGAACGGGUUGGUUAGCUUUUUGCACGAGAAAAUUCGAAGUCGUUUCGCGGUAUUCCACGAUUUCGACGAGUUCACCAAAGAGCGCUUGGAUCGCCAGCUGCUGCCAAAAGAAUACGGUGGCAAGGUAUCAAAAAGUGAGCACAUGAAAGCAUUCCGGGAGCAGUGCGAACUUUACCGGGACAAAAUGUUGGCUCUGGAUGAGAUGGAAAUCGAUCUGGAUCAUAAUGAGCCCUACUCGCGGCAUGCUAUGCUCGAUGACAUCGAGGGUGGUGCCGUUGGAAGCUUCCGAAAGCUAGACCUAGAUUAG